UGGGAAAAGAUGGCGGCCUCCAUCGGUGCAAUGCCGCAUCAGUAGCGCAGUAACGCGUCGUACGAUAUUCUGAAAAACCAACAGCCGGAAGGGUUUUUACGGUCCUGGCGGGAAUGGCGGCCUUUUGCGGAGGAAGCGUGCCGAGCGCCGGCGCCUCGGAGCGGGUGGAGGAGAGCGAGGAGUGCGACUACCACCAGGAGAUCGCCAGGUCCUGUUACGCAGAUAUGCUACAUGACCAUGACCGGAAUAAGAAGUACUACGAGGGCAUCCGGGCUGCCGUAGCCAGAGUAAAGGCUCGCGGUGAGCGGGUCGUCGUCCUGGACAUCGGGACGGGAACGGGACUGCUGUCCAUGAUGGCCGUCACUGCCGGAGCCGACUUCUGCUACGCUGUGGAGGUUUUCAAGCCCACGGCUGAGGCGGCGCGGCGCAUCGUGCAAAAGAACGGCUUCUCCGAAAAGAUCAAGAUCAUCAACAAACACUCCACGGACGUCACCGCGGGCGCAGAUGGCGACAUGCAGGAGAAGGCCAACGUUGUGAUCACGGAGCUGUUCGAUACCGAGCUGAUAGGAGAAGGCGCGCUGCCCAGCUAUGAACACGCCCACCGCAACCUCCUCCAGGAGCCCUGCGAGGCCGUCCCCCACCGGGCCACCGUCUACGCCCAGCUGGUGGAGUCGCCGCUGCUGUGGAGCUGGGCUCAGCUGCGGCCGGUGGAGGUGGAGGGGGCCCGCCUGGCGGCCCCGCCCGCCGUGGGCCGCUGCGCCGGGGUCCAUUCGGUGUGCGACAUCCAGCUGAGCCAGGUGUCCCCUCACAGCUUCACCCCGCUCGGCCCGCUCUGCACCAUGUUCAGUGUGGACUUCAGUAAGCCCGUGAGCAGCGCGCCCCAGUCCCACACCUCCCGGUUCGUCGCUCGCUGUGGCGGUCGGGCCCAGGUGGUUCUGUCUUGGUGGGACCUGGACAUGGACCCCGGUGGAAGCGUGGUGUGCUCCAUGGCGCCCAGCUGGACUUACCCAGAGGCCCGGAUGGCUCCGUGGCGGGACCACUGGAUGCAGAGUGUUUACUUCCUGCCCGCCGAGAGCGGAGUGGCGGAAUCUGAGGAGCUGAGUCUGACCGUGCGCCGCGACGACUACAGCCUGUGGUACGGCCUGCGGCGCCACAGCCAGCAGGCCGACGCCCCGCCCCCGCUGGCCGACGCCCCGCCCCCCCGGCCCUGCUGCACCUGCCAGGCCCACCUGGUUUGGACCAGGCCGCGUUUCGGCGAACUCAACGACCGGCGGCGCACGGAGAGCUACGUCAGCGCGUUGCGCAGCGUCCUGAAGGAGGACAGCGUCUGCCUCGGCGUCAGCGACGGAAGUCUGCUUCCUGUCUUCGCCCACAUGAUGGGAGCCAAGAAGGUCUACGCUCUGGAAAACUCCCGCAUGUCGAAACAGCUCAUUGAGCAGGUGCUGGAGGCCAACUCCAUGGAAGGAGGCGUCGAGCUGGAGGUCCGGGCGGAGCAGCUGAGCAGCGGCGGCCUCGCAGGGAAGCAGGUCUCCGUCCUGAUGGGCGAACCCUACUUCAGCACCAGCCUGCUGCCCUGGCACUCCCUGACCUUCUGGUACCGUCGGACCGCCCUGGCGGGCCUGCUGCGGCCCGACGCCACCGUCCUGCCCCGCGCCGCCGCUCUCCACGUGGUGGCCGUGGAGUUCCAGGACUUGUGGAAGAUCAGAGCGCCGUGUGGGACGUGCGAGGGCUUCGAUGUCUCCGCUAUGGAUGAGAUGGUCCAGAGAUCCUUGGAUUUCCGUGAGUCCCGCGAGGCAGAGCCCCACCCGCUGUGGGAGUACCCGUGCCGCGCCGUGACCCGGUCGGCACAGGUCAUGGCUUUUGACUUCACGCAACUCGUUCCCCAGCGGCCAAUCAGCAGCCGGGGCUCGCUGCCCUUCGUGAGGAAAGGCCGUUGCCAUGGCGUCGCGUUGUGGAUGGAAUACCACCUCACCGCUGACAUCACGGUCAGCGCGGGACUGAUCGGGCCAGUCGGGGAGCAGGGCGAGUGCCAGUGGAGCCGCCACAGGAAGCAGGGAGUGUACUUCCUCCGGUCGCCGUGGGAGACCUCGGGGGACGGCCGAGCCGCGGUGACCUACAGCGUCACCUUUGAACCCGCGCUGGGAGACGUCAAGAUGGACUUCGGCGUGGCGUCGCCGUGACGCUGAAGGGACUGGUGCGCUCUUGUUCCCGACUGACUGACUGGCGGCGGCGUUCGGACGUUAGCAAGUCGUGUCAAGUGCUUCCCAAAAGCGAGCGGAUGAAAAUGUUGUUCUGCUGACACGAGGACGUUUCACCUGCUGCUUGUUUGGCCACAUUCACUUCAAUAAACGUUGUGUUCAGGAA